GCAGCCGCCUGCACGCCCCCCCCCCCCCCGCCGGUUGCAAAAGCAGCAGCCUCUCCCCGGGCGCCAGCAGGAGCCAGGCGGCCAGGGAAGGGGGGGGUCUUGCAGCACCCAAGGGAGAAGAGGGGAGGAGCCCGGCAGAGGCCCAGCAGCAGGCAGGACGCCCCCCCCCCCGCCUCCCCCAAGAGCUCCCGGCAGCAGCAGCAGGAGGCGGCGGGCGAGGCCCCGGGGCUUCUCCAACCUGCAGAGCCAGAGUGGGGCCUGGAGUCUCCUGGGAUACGUGAUCUCCAGGCUACCUAGACCAGGUUGGAAGGCAGACUCCGCGGCAUUCUACCCCCCUGAAGACCAGGCUCCACCCUCAAAAUGUCCAGUAACGAAAGGCAUCUCUAUCCAGUCGGAGGUGACCCAAGAGAAGGGGAGGGAGAUGGAAGAGCAGGACCCAGAAGGAGCUGCAGCUGGCAAGACAGCAAGCAAAGGCCCCCCUCCCACCCAAGCUGGGGGUGGUGGUGAAGGCUGGGAAAGACCCAUGCCAGAGACACCUUCUCAGGUCACGGAGAUCUCAGAGGUGCAUGGCCAACACUUCCGGCAGUUCCAGUACCGUGAGGCUGAUGGGCCCCGAGAGGUUUGCAGCCGGCUCCAUCGACUCUGCAGCCACUGGCUGAAGCCAGAGAGGAACUCCAAGAAGCAGAUGGUGGACCUGGUGAUCCUGGAGAGGUUCCUAGCCCUCCUGCCCCAGGAAAUGCAGCGCUGGGUCAGGGAAUGUGGGCCGGAGACCAGUUCCCAGGCGGUGGCCUUGGCCGAAGGCUUCCUCCUGAGUCAGGCCGAGGAGAAGAGGCAGGCAGAGCAGAUGUGGGGACCAUCUAUGGAGAGAGAAGCUCCAUUCCCUGAGGCAGAGCGAGGUUCCUUGGAGGAAGGGCAGAGGGCGCAGGCCCAGGAGGGUGCCCAAGAUGCCCUCUCUUGUGGCACUGGAGAGAUGCUGUUGAGUCAUUCCAGCGGUGUGGAAACAGCUGCUUCACCUCCAGUCCAGUGCCCCUUUUCCUUUGAGGAGGUGUCUGUCUGUUUCACCGCAGCAGAAUGGGAGCUGCUGGAUCCAGACCAGAAGACUCUCUACAGGGAAGUCAUGCGGGAGAACUAUCUGAGCGUCAUCUCUCUGGAAAGGAUAAGAGAGACUUUUGUGGAGAAAGACAGUGGUUUCACAUCUGAAGAAAUGCUGGAGAGUUUUUCAAGGGGAUCCCAAAGACAUAUUUCCUUCCCAACUCAGCAGGCUGAGAAGGAUGAUCAGAGAAACGAGGAGGGUGAGGAACUUCUCCAGCACUUGCCAGAUCAAGAUCAAGACUUGAAAGAAAACAAAAGAUAUCAAAGCAGACCUAAGAGAAAGGAAGGCAGCUGUAAGCUUGAGAAGAGGAAAGAAAAAAGGAUUAAUGUACAUUUUUCAAAGCAGAGAAUAAUUAAGGCAUGUACAUCCAAUCAGUAUAGAAAGUACUUCAAAAAUAGAUCACAGCUCCUUGUGCACCAAAGAGUACACAAAGGCAAGAAACCUUCUGAAUGCUUUGAGUGUGGAAAGAGAUUCAGUGACAGUGGCACUCUUAAACGGCAUCACAGGACCCACACAGGGGAGAAGCCCUUUGAAUGCUCAGAGUGUGGGAAGAGAUUCAGUGACAGUGGCAGUCUUAAACGGCAUCACAGGACCCACACAGGGGAGAAACCCUUUGAAUGCUCAGAGUGUGGGAAGAGAUUCAGUGACAGUGGCACUCUUAAACGGCAUCACAGGACCCACACGGGGGAGAAAGCCUUUGACUGUUCAGAGUGUGGAAAGAGAUUCAGUCGGAGUGGCACUCUUCAACUACAUCAAAGAACCCACAUUGGGAAGAAACGUUUUGAAUGCUCAGAGUGUGGGAAGAGAUUCAGUGUUAGUGGCAAUCUAAAACUGCAUCAGAGAACACACACAGGGGAGAAACCUUUUGAAUGCUCAGAGUGUGGAAAGAGAUUCAGUCGGAGUGCCACUCUUCAACGGCAUCAAAGAACCCACACAGGAGAGAAACCUUAUGAAUGUUUAGAGUGUGGGAAGAGAUUCAGUCGGAGUGGCCAUCUUCAACGACAUCAAAGAAUCCACACAGGAGAGAAUAAUUUUGAAUGCUCAGAGUGUGGGAAGAGAUUCAGUCGGAGUGGCACUCUUCAACGGCAUCAAAGAACCCACACUGGAAAGAAACGUUUUGAAUGCUCAGAGUGUGGGAAGAGAUUCACUUGGAGUGGCUAUCUUCAGCUGCAUCAACGAACCCACACAGGAGAGAAACCUUUUGAAUGUUCAGAGUGUGGAAAGAGAUUCAGUUGGAGUGGCUAUCUUCAGCUGCAUCAAAGAACCCACACAGGAGAGAAACCUUUUGAAUGUUCAGAAUGUGCGAAGAGAUUCAGUCGGAGUGGCCAUCUUCAACGGCAUCAAAGAACCCACACAGGGAAGAAACCUUUUGAAUGCUCAGAUUGUGGGAAGAGAUUCAGUCAGAGUGGCACUCUUCAACUGCAUCAGAGAAUCCACACAGGGGAGAAACCUUUCAAAUGUUUAGACCGUGGGAAGAGAUUCAGUCACAGUGGCCAUCUUCAACGGCAUCAUAGAACCCAUACGGGAGAGAAACCUUUUGAAUGUUCAAAUUGUGGGAAGAGAUUUAGUCACAGUGCAACUCUUCAACUGCAUCAAAGAACACACACAGGGGAGAAACCUUUUGAAUGUUCAGAGUGUGGAAAGAAAUUCAGUGAAUGUGGCAGUCUUCGCCACCAUCUAAGAACUCACACAGGGGAGAAACCUUUUGAAUGCUCCGAGUGUGGAAAGAGAUUCAGUGAAUGUGGCAGUCUUCGACACCAUCUAAGAAUCCACACAGGGGAGAAACCUUUUAAAUGUUUGGAGUGUGGAAAGAGAUUCAGUCGGAGUGGCCAUCUUCAGCGGCAUCAAAGAACUCACACAGGGGAGAAACCUUUUGAAUGUUCAGAGUGUGGGAAGAAAUUCAGUGUCAGUGACAGUCUAAAACUGCAUCAGAGAACCCACACAGGGGAGAAACCUUUUGAAUGUUCAGAGUGUAGGAAGAGAUUCAGUCGGAGUGGCACUCUUCAACUGCAUCAGAGAACCCAUACAGGGGAGAAACCUUUUGAAUGCUCAGAGUGUGGAAAGAGAUUCAGUGAAGGUAGCAGUCUUCGACACCAUCUAAGAAUCCACACAGGGGAGAAACCUUUUGAAUGUUUGGAGUGUGGAAAGAGAUUCAGUCGGAGUGGCCAUCUUCAGCGGCAUCAAAGAACUCACACAGGGAGAAACCUUUUGAAUGCUCAGAGUGUGGAAAGAGAUUCAGCGUCAGUGGCAAUCUAAAACUGCAUCAGAGAACACACAUGGGAGAAACCUUUUGAAUGUUUGGAGUGUGGGAAGAGAUUCAGUCAGAGUGGCCAUCUUCAGCUGCAUCAUAGAACCCACACAGGAGAGAAACCUUUUGAAUGUUCAGAGUAUGGAAAGAGAUUCAGUCGAAGUGGCACUCUAAAACUGCAUCAGAGAACCCACAGAGGAGAGAAACUUUUUGAAUGUUGAGAGUGUGGAAAAGUGAUUAAGUCGGAGUGGCCAUCUUGCAUCAAAGAAUCCACACGGGGAGAAAUCUUUUACAUGCUCAGAUUGUGGAAAGAGGUUUAAGUCCUCAAAUUCAUACCACAAUCCCACAUGCUGUUAAAGGGAUACCUCACUUUUCCCCUCCAGGAUCUUGGCAACAGUAGAUUAAGUGUUUCUUUACGAAUCAGAAAACUCUGCUAACGAAAAGUCAGAGCUCAUUAAAGAGAUUAUUAUACGUUUCAGGUAAAUUUGACUUUGUCCUUUUAGUGCUCUGUGGAUUUUUUUUAAUGUGUUGGGCUUCAUUAAGUAUGUCAGUUUGGUGUUGCAUGUCUUUUUUCAAUUGUGUAUAAAGUUCUUUAAAAAUUCUCCUUCA